AUGUCCGCGCGACGCCUCGCGACUGGCCCACUCGAUGCGAUGCCGCUGCCCUGUGUAGACCAGCACGAGCUCCGCGAGCGCCAGCUGCUGGCUGCGCGCAUGAAAGGUGUCGAGCUCGCCGAGAGCGAGUCGGCGCAGCCGAGCGGCUUUGGCCCCGAGCCUGCGUACCAAAAAGUGGUGUCUGGCUACGAAUUGUAUAAGCACGAUGCGCCGUUUGCGCUCGACUAUGGCGGAACGCUGCCCUCGUUCCAGAUUGCGUACGAAACGUGGGGUACGCUGAACGAAGCCCGCGACAAUGUGAUCCUUGUGCACACUGGCCUGUCGGCGAGCUCGCAUGCGGCGAGUACGCCGAAGAACCCUGCCAAGGGCUGGUGGGAGGACUUUAUUGGCCCCGGCAAGGCCCUGGAUACGAAUCGCUUCUUUGUGAUCUGUACGAAUGUGCUUGGCUCGUGCUACGGCAGCACGGGCCCGUCGAGUCCGUACCCAUUGGACCCCAAUGGCGAGCCAUAUGCGACGCGCUUCCCCAUUUUGAGCAUCUUUGACAUGGUGCGUGCGCAGUUCCUGCUGCUGGACCACCUCGGCAUCGACACGCUCUAUGCGAGCAUCGGCUCGAGUAUGGGCGGCAUGCAGAGCAUUGCGGCCGCGCACCUCUUCCCCAACCGUGUGCUGCGCAUGGCGAGUAUUAGCGGCACUGCGCGGUGUGCGCCGUCCGGUAUUGCGCUGCGCUUUUCGCAGCGGAGUGUGCUGAUGGCUGACCCCAACUGGAACCGCGGCUUUUACUAUGGCCCGGACCAGGCCCCCCCGCACACGGGCAUGAAGCUUGCGCGGCAAAUUUCCACGAUCACCUACCGCUCUGGCCCCGAGUGGGAGCAGCGCUUUGGGCGUAUGCGGCGCACGCUGAACCGCGACUCGACCGUGUCCGAGGCGCGUAUUCCUGCGCUGUGCCCCGACUUUUUGGUCGAGACCUACUUAGACCACCAAGGCGAGCAGUUCUGCUUGAAAUACGACGCGAACUCGCUCAUCUACAUUUCCAAGAGCAUGGAUCUGUUUGACAUGUCGGACGAUGCGCUGGCCGAGCUGGCCGAGACGCGCCUACUGGCGCAUGGCGAGGACGGCUCGCUGCCCAUCAGCCCUGAGGACAUUGCGGAAGAGGUGCAGCACAAUAUCGAGCCCCGGCGCCGGUCUGGCAAGCACAUUUCCACGAUCUCGAACCCCGGUGCGCACCGCUAUGUCCCCGCGCUCGCGCGCGGUCUGAGCCGGCUGCGCAAUGUGCCCGUGCUGAUUAUUGGUGUCCAGAGCGACAUCCUCUUCCCCGUGGAGCAGCAGCGCGAGUUGGCCGAGUGCAUCCGCAUGAACGGCAACCAGUCGGUGAUGUACUAUGAGAUGGAUGCCCCCCAUGGCCACGACAGCUUCCUGAUCGAUGUCGCAAACGUCGGUGGAGCGAUUAAAGGCUUCCUCUACUAA